AGACCAGUCCAGGACUUCUUACUAGGUUCCACACACACAGUAAGAGAGAGCAAAAAACAAAGAAGAGAGAGAUAGAGAGAAACAAGAGAGAGAGAGAGAGAGAGAGAGAGAGAUGAGGACUCCUUGCUGUGACAAAAAUGGACUGAAGAAGGGAACUUGGACUGCGGAGGAAGACAGGAAACUAAAAGCUUAUAUUACUAGAUAUGGUUGUUGGAACUGGCGCCAACUUCCCAAGUUUGCAGGGUUAUCAAGGUGUGGGAAGAGUUGUAGACUCCGAUGGAUGAACUAUCUACGUCCAAACAUCAAGAGGGGGAACUUCAGCAAAGAAGAAGAGGACUUAAUCAUCAACUUACACGAAUCACUUGGGAAUAGAUGGUCUGCUAUUGCUGCCCAAUUACCAGGACGAACGGACAAUGAGAUUAAAAACCACUGGCACACCUACCUCAAGAAAUGCACCAGACAACAAAUCCCAAUCUCACAAGCGCAAAAACCACGCUCUAAUGAUCGUUCCAAAAGCAAAAAGACUGGACAAAAAACAUCAAAAUUCAAGAUUUCUUCUGUAAGCCCUUCGACUCACCAAAUCUUCGAAAGCUCCCAAUUCUCACCCCCACCCCCACCACCAUUGUCAAGUGAAUUAUGCUCGUUGAUGAUCGACACUGCAACAGUGAACUCUCCAAGCUCAAUUGCAGAGAAUGAUGUCUCUCCCUCCGAAAUGUUUGCUGAAACUAAUGCAAGUUUUUGGACAGAUCCAAUUUUCGUAGACAACUACGACAACACAUACGAUGUCCUGUCACCAUUAGUUGUUGACACUGGAUUUUUAUCUCCACAUACUCCGGUGAUCGACGAAGAAUUUCUGUGUUCCUAUAACUUCUAUGAUGAAUUUAACAAUGUCUUGAACUGGUAAUUUAAACCAAUCACUAUAAGGAGUGAUUUAUGAUGAAUUUUCUGUGUUCCUAUAUCAUAUCUGAAUACACCAAUCAAGGGUCACAAAGCUUUCAUGUGGUGCUUUGUGACCCUUGUGUUCCUAUAUCAUAUGAAUACACUAAUCAAGAUAAUCUUUCAUCUGAAUAGUGUGUGAUUCUUUAUUCUAAGUGUAAUUAAAGGGUCACAAAGCUUUCAUGAUUAUUUUCAUGAUAAGUUUUUCAUAAUAGCUAACAUUGGUGUUUUCCUUAUCAUGCUUCUACUUGGUGGUCUUCUUAGCAUUAUUCUAUGCAAUGCCAUGGUUUCACUUUCUACUUGUAGUAGGUGGCCUUUUGAGCAAUUUUCAACAAGUUGGGGUUGUACAUUUAUUUACAGUAAAAGAUUAAUUCUAGCAACCCAAACUUCAUUUCUAGAUUUGUGUCAA